AUGAAAAGGCUUGUGAUUAUCGAUACUAUCAAGCAAACCCGGAAGAUUGUGCCGGAACAUAGCCAAGAAAUUGGUCGUGGGAAGUUUCUGGAGUGCGAUGAUAAACGUAUUUCCCGAACUCAUGGCCGUAUUGCGAAGGAAUUGAAAGGCACUAAAUUAUUGUUGCGGCUCGAGUCUUUGCACAUAAAUUCAAUAUUUUGCCAGAAAAAGGAUAGUGAAACGGAUUACUUACUGAAAAAAGAUGAAGCCAUACUGCUAGAAGUCGGAGACAAGUUUCAACUUCUGCAAGACGGCGAUUGGUUCGAGGUGGGAGAAGAUACCACUGAAAUAGAUUCACAAAGUACAAAUAUGUCCGUGGAAAUGGAGAGUCAGAAUUCCGCAUUGCAUGAUAACAUACAAUCGAAGCGAAAACAUGAUGCAGAAGACAUUGAGGACAGGUCGAAAAAGCAACGAGUGUUAGGGGAGGAUAAUGUUGACGAACCGACAACUUCAUCUAUAACCCUGCCAGUCACUCACUCUACCGAUCCUGAUAAACUGAUGUGUCCCGAACAUAACUCAACUGAUACAGAAGUUACUACAGCAGCUGACGUUAAACCUGAUCCCGAUCAUAUGCCUGCAAGUGGUAACAUUUCGCAAGUGCAAAUUAAACCCGAUCCAGACGCUGUAAGUUGCAACACAGACUCAGGUGUCAACAAUCCGGGAACAUCGGGAGGCUCUGUAGCGAGUAACGUGCCCCCUGUGUCUAUCAAGCCUGAUCCGGAUGGAACGAAUGGCAAAGCAGGAUCGGGAGAAAUACCUCCUGAUUCUGUUAACCCUGGUGUGUUGCGCCCAUCGUGUGAUUUCGGAAUACGAUGCUACCGUGCCGGGCAAGAUCAUCGUAGUGCGUUCGCUCAUCCGGGUGACCUUGACUAUCGAAGACCGAACCUACCACCACCCCCGCCAGGGUCACCGAUGUGUCCAUUCGGGGCACGUUGUUACAGGCGAAAUCCGCAGCAUUUUCGUGAAUUCGACCAUCCGGAUCCCAAUGCUGUUCAACCACGCCGCCCAAGACGCUACGGUGCGCUAAGGGUGGAAGAUUUGUACAAUCCAUCCGAUGAAUACGAUUCUGAUGACUACGAUGAUUUUGAUCCUUUAUCGUCGGACGAAUACUCCCUUGGAUUGGACGAAUAUAGUGAUGACUUUGCAAGCGAGGACGACAUAAACAAUGAUAGUGGUUUGGAUUGUUAA